ACAAGAGUUGUCCUUUAAUUUAAUUUUAUUUGCACAAAAGGCCAAAGUAUCGCAGUGGAUUUGGAGCGCUUUUUUCCGUUUUCAGCAACGGAGGCAAUCUUCUUGGAGGAGCAAUGGAAAAUGAUAAGCCAAUUACAACAAUGUGCGGAGUGGUAGCGAUGGAUCACAGCAGUUUCUGUUACAGGGUUUGUUCUAUCUGUGAGAGGUCUCUCCCCGACAACCCCUCUUCUUCUCUCUGCAAAUUCUGCAACUUCAACGCCUUCAAUCCCGGUUUCUCCUCCUCCAAACGCCUCUUUCGUCUCCUUAUGUCAAUUGCUACGGAUAAGAAGGUGCAAACUGUAAUAUGCUUCGAUAGGGCCGCUAGGGUUCUGUUUGGUUGCUCUGCUGAUGAGUUUUUUGACUUUGCUAAGCUUCAUCCUUUUGCUGCUGAAACUGCAAGUGAAAUUUUGGAGGGAGAGAUGUUUAGAAUGACAAUCUCUAAACCCAAGAAUGGCAAUGCACAACACUCUAGAGUUGUACAAGUUGUUCCUCUGAGUUCUGGUUUUCAACCAGCAAUUGUGAGACUGAGGGAAUUGUAUGGGAACAAGAGUUAGUAUAAUAUGGUCUUCGCCCGGGAGCUUCACUGGAGCUGCACCACGGGCUUGUCGAUUUAUCGAUCCAGACAAAAAGGUGCAUCGAGUUCAAAGCCGUAUAAACCAGCCAGGGAAGGGGGCUUAACCUUCCCUUCAGCUUCUGAUGCUUUGUAAUCAAGUUAUGUACAGUGUCAGCACCUCCUUCCCAACUUGUGGCAUUUGUAGUGUAGCAGCCAAGCCACCAGUCUGUUCAUUUUCGCAAGUCCUGUGACAGUUUCACUUCAAAAAUCAAUACACAUGUUCUGAUCAAGAUGAUGUUUUUGUUAACUCCAUACAAAAUUUGGUUUAAGUUCAACAAUCAAUAAUUUAUAAAAAUUUAAUCUAAAUUCAGGUUUUGAAG